CGGGAAUGAUUGAAAGGCCAAGGGGUGUUUACCUGCCCCUAAGCCCAAAUAGACAUCUACAGAAGGCGAGGUCGGUGUCCAGAAAGCCUCUUUUUUCGGGUGUGAUCGGCUGUCUUGGCAAACGAAGGUUUCGGGGUCUCUGUAGAGCAGAGCGCACUCUCUGUUGAGCAGAGGGAUAUAUCGUUAGUAGCAGGCUUGCGUUGAACCGCAGCAAUAAACAUCAUACACAAAACCGUCCAUCGGCUUCCUCCCUUAUAAAAGUCCGAACUAGCACUUUCCAAUCCCCCUCUUCCCUCCAUCAACCCCAUCACUCCUCGCCCACCACGUCCUACCCAACCCCCUCAGCGCCAGACGCAAUGCCUAAUACCCACCAAGUAUACCCGACCGCCUACGACGACGGCCAGCAAUGGGCGGCGGCCCGGAAUAGCGGUCCGCCACAGGGCUACCGCAUGCCCCCGCAACAACACCCCGGGGGCGGUGGCGGUGGAUUCUACCCACCAGCCCAGCCGCAUCAGCAGUACUACCCCCAACAGCCGUACGCCGCCCCGCCUGCCCAUUCACAUGCGUACAGCGAGCCCGUGUACAGGCAGCCGCCACCGCAAGGGCAUUACCAGCAGGCGCCCCCACAGCAGCAGCACUAUAAGCAGCCGCAGGGAUACCCCGCUGGCCCGAACCCGUAUAUCCAGCGAACCGCGCAGGAGAACCAGGAUGGGAUAUACCCGGCGCCGUUGCCGCAGCAGCAGGGGCGGGGCGGUCCCCCCGCUGGAGGGAACCCGAAGUAUGAGAUGGAGCCGGCGCCACGGGCGGAGAAUAUCUAUAAUCGGAAGUGUAGGGAUGUGAUUUGGUUGAUUAUUUUUCUGAUCAUGUUUGCGGCUAUGUGUGCUGUGGGAUACUAUUCGAUUCGUUAUGGGAAUGUUGAUAGGUUGAUCUACGGCCGCGACUCCGAGGGGAACCUCUGCGGCGCCCCCAACGGCACCGACUCCUCCCGCGAUCUCCGAGGGCAGACAGACUUAGUCUACUUCCUCAACGACAACGAUUACCGCCGCUGCGUCGACGGAUGCCCAUCUGUAACAGCCGACUACAACACCGUGAUCUGCAAAUACGACGUCGUCAUCGCCGCCUCCGUCUCCGACAGGGCCGCCCAAAUCCAAAGCGGCGACUGCUCACUGACCAUCGAAUCCAAAGCCGUCCUCAACCGCUGUAUCCCAUUGCAGCUGCUAAGCGACAUCCAGACCGCCGCCAACGCGUCGCUUCACAACCAGACGUACACAGCCUCGGGCUACUCCUUCGAGUUUGCCCGGCUCUUUUCGGCGGAACUGGACGCCCGCGACGCAGCGACGGCGAUCUUCCAAGACCUUGCGCAGAACUGGUGGGUCAUCCUCGUCUGCGUCGGGGGUUCGUUCGUGCUCGCGUUCCUCUAUAUGCUGCUGCUGCAGUGGUUUGCGUCGUUGAUGGUGUGGGGGAGCAUCUUUGUGGUUCUCGGCGUCGCGUGGGCGCUGGGGUUCUACUUUAUCUACAAUUAUGUGCGGAUCAAGGUGUUGCAUCAGAAUAUGCUGAGCGUUGGGUUUUCGCAAAUCGAUUCGGUGCUCUAUAAUGAGAAGCUGUUGCUGGUUCUAGGUUGCAUCACCGGAGGAAUCGCUCUGAUCCUAACGCUAGUUAUCCUAUGCCUGGGCCGGCGGAUCCGCCUCGCCACCAAAAUCGUCAAAGAAGCCAGCGCCGCCCUGCGCGCAAUGCCCUUCAUUGUCUUCUUCCCGUUCCUCAAGUACACCGUCAUUCUCAUCUGGAUGGCCGUGUUCGUGGCCGUGAUGGCGCUCCUGGCCACAUCAGGCACGGAGAUCACAACCGCGGUGGAGGGCGACGUCAACGACCAGCUAUCGAAGACGGGAAAGAAAUACGAGAACCAGCCUACGCUGCAGUAUCUUCAGAUUUACUUUACGUUUGGGUUCCUUUGGGUUUAUAACUGGAUUAUCGCUAUUGGGCAGACUACGAUAGCAGGAUCGAUAGCAACAUGGUACUGGGCACGGGACAAAAAGAACCUCCCAUCCUUCCCCGUCAUCCGCGCCCUCGGCCGUACAUUCCGCUACCACCUCGGAUCUCUGGCGCUAGGAUCUCUCCUAAUCGCCAUCGUACAGCUGAUCCGAUUGGUGAUCUUCGAGAUGCAGAGGAGGCUGAAGGGAACGGGCAACAAGGCAGCGCAAUAUUUGCUCUGCUGCCUGCAAUGCUGUUUCAAAUGCAUCGAGGCGAUACUGAAGAUGUUGACGAAGAAUGCGUAUGUGGAGAUUGCGGUUUAUGGAUACAGUUUCUGUACGGCCGCGAGGAUGGCUAUGCAGUUGAUCGCUGCGAAUAUCGUUAGGAUGGUGGUGGUCCACAAAGUGGGCACCUUCCUCAUUUUCGUCGGCAAACUCUGUAUCGUCCUUAUCACAACACUGGGCGGCCUCGGUCUCCUGGUCCAUCUCGAAGGGAAGGACCAGGUUUUCGCCAACUACGCCGUCCCUCUGAUCUUCAUCAUCAUCUUCUCCUACCUGACGGCCUCCGCUUUCCUGUCGACGUUCUCGAUGGCGAUUACGACGAUCUUCUUGAGUUUCUGUGAAGACAGCCAGAGGAAUGAUGGAAGCAGGGAGCGGCCGUAUUACAUGUCGAAGAACCUGGAGAAGUUUGUUGAUAAGCAUGCGCAUGAUAAGCCGAUGGUGUGAGGGGUGGCAGGGCCUGAAGGAAACGAGAGAAGAACAAUGUCUGUCGGGAGUUAGCUGAUAUUGCAUGACACUAUCUGAGGAAUUUGUGGGACAGUGCGAAAACAAAAUAGCGGACGGGGGCAAUCAGGCGCUAUUGAGUUCUUUCUGAAAGUUGGAGUGAUUUUGUCAUAGGGAAUACAUGGCUGAGCAACGAACGGUUAAGGCCUUCAUAU